AUGCCACAAUGGGGAGGUGGUGGUGAAGUAUGCCCACGUUGUCAAAAAACGGUUUAUCCAGCAGAAAAACUUCUUGCAUGUAGUGCUUCAUGGCAUAAAGGUUGCUUUAAAUGCAAAACAUGCAAUGGCAUUUUGACAUUAUCUAAUUACAAGGAUUUUUCUCAAGAUGUUUAUUGCAGAAGUUGUUAUCAGGACAAACUUCAUCCUCAUGAACGAAAUCGUAAACAAUUAGAAACAAAAUUUAGUAGACAACCUGGUGGUGGUGCUAGUUCAACACCAGCAGCAGCACCUGCUGGUGAAGAAGAAGAAUAA